CUGAAAUGAGGACCCCUCAACAGACACCCCUGAAAAAUGUGACACCUCUCCAACAAGGACACAGUUUCUCUCCCAAAGACCAGUGCAAAUAAUAAUUCCGGGGUCCCAGACCGGUACCAGUGUGGAGUCAUGGGAAUCUGACUCCUGAUAGCCUCGUUGCAGGUAUCCUCGAUGGCACGGAGCUGGGCUGGAGAGACGGACUGGGCAGCCAGCUCAACGAAGCACCUACUGCCAGCUCCAAUGGCCAGAUUCCUGGGUGGGAAAAAUAAGAAGAGAACUAUCACAGCGUGGUGUGAUGUAAUGCAUGCCGUAUAACCAUGAGGUUGUCUUGUGGCCAAAGUCUCGAUCGGCUAUUGCAGUUAUGAGAUGCUGUGCUGCAAAAAUACAGUGUGUGUGUGUGUGUGUGUGAAAUGGAACAGGAUUAACCAGCAGCAUUAUUUAUACUCCAUAGCAGUAACAGCAGAGUCUACAGUGGAACUCCUCUCUAAGGACACCCUAAAAGGACGCCAUUUCUUCCCCCAAGAACAGCUCUUGCAUGCUAUUCGAACACAUACAGGCACCUCAGUAAUAUGCACGCUUUCUUCUGUUCCGAAUGGUGUCCUGAUAGAGGGUUGCACUGACUGGAUUAAUACACACAACCAGUAUGUUGGUGUUACCUGAGUGUUGCUGCAUGUGGUCAAACCGACGAUUCCAGUCCACCUCCACCUCUACCUCGGCCCCCUCCUCCAGGGGUUCCUCCGUGAAAUGUACAGCAACUGCCCCCCUCCUAAGAACCCUCAGGACCUCAACCCCGUUAAUCUGGAGGUAAGGUUUUGCAGCAUUUACGCCUGAGUGAUCCUUUUUUCUACUAACCGCUCCUCUGUCAUACGGCUGGAGUAUAAAGGGAGAGAAUGGGGAAUAUCUUACAACACGAGACUUUCUCGGUAAAAUUCACCUGCCCGCCGCCCUCGGGAAAGAGCACAGUGUCGUCCAAAACGACUUCGUACUUUCCCUCCCCUUUUCCCACGGGCUCCGCGGGUCUGCACGACGCCACGCGACUCCGGUAGCUGCGAAGGUGUGAGUUCUUUUCUAUCGGACGAUACGAAGACAGUCAUGGGCGAUGAGGAUGCCAGCAGCCGUUGCAAGGUGUUCAUCGGCGGCUUGAACAUAAACACGACCAAGGAGUCGCUGACAAGCUACUUCGAACAGUUCGGGGAGAUAGUGGACGCUGUCGUCAUGAGAGACCCAACGACGAAACGUUCGCGCGGGUUCGGUUUUGUUACGUACGGCGACGGCAAGUGUCUGGAGGAAUGCCUGAAGGAAUGUCCUCACACUGUGGAUGGCAGACAAGUGGAUGCUAAGAGAGCAAUCCCUCGAGACGAGACGUCCGCUUCCGUCACCACCUCCAGCUCUGGACCGCCGCCCAUGGCGACCAAGAAGGUUUUUCUCGGAGGGCUCUCGCCAGACACCACAGAGAGGGAGAUCGAGGAGGUCCUAGAAACCAUCGGAAAAGUUGCCGAGGUGAUUAUCCAGCGUGAAAAGUUUACUGAGAAGCCCAGGGGGUUUGGCUUUGCUCUGUUUGAGUCUCCGGAAUCUGUUGACAGACUCUGUCAGAGACGCUACAUCAAGAUUAAGGACCGAGAUGUGGAGGUGAAGAAGGCGAUAUCUCAAGAGGAGAUGAGGAAAGAGCCCAGCAGAGGUCGCUCGGGAGGUGGGCAGGGAGGUUACCGUGACAACUCUUACGGAGGAGGCGGGCGCGACGCCUACCAAUCCAGCUAUGGUCGAGGAGGAGGAGGUGGAGGGGGCGUGUACCCUGUUGCUGGCUAUGACUAUCGAGGCUACCCUGCUGCGGCAGACUAUGCCAGACCCGACCCCUACUACGGCUAUCCCGCUGGUUACGAUCGGAACACGGCAGCUGCUGCAGCUGCUUAUCCUUACGCCAACUCGUACGCCAGAAGCUAUGACAUGGCGGCUUACAGAGAGGGGUUCAAUCUUCGUCGGGAUGUCCACGUGAGGGCGGCCACGUUGCUACGUCUCCUACAGGAGCAGUCGGUGGGAGGAACCAGUGACUGGGUCCUUGUCCUGCCGCCAUGGCCGAGACUGUACCACUGGCGAUCAGCCUCUCGCGACAGAGUCACCUUUGUACCCUGGGCCAAGUUCUUCGACCUGCCCAGUCUAAACCUGUUUGUCCCGACAAUCGAGUUUGAUCAGUACCUCCAGAGGAAUGGGCACACCAUUGACGAGGUGAUGGUGCUGCAGAAUUUCAAAGGAGAGUUUACAGUCGAUGAUUUUGGAAAGAUUGAAGAACAACCCUGUCUUAGUGACCAGUAUAGAUAUAAGCGUGUGUCAGGAGGAGAGUGGAAGGGAAGGAUGUUUGGUGUCGAAGGUUUGUCGAUAAAGAUUCACCGCUGCAUGUCUGCCAUGGGACACAUCUCUCUUAUCCUUCCUUACCUCCGCCAGUUGAAGGGCAACUCAAUGUUGGUUGAAAACUUUGAGAUCUUGCUCCACGAGAGAUACGGCGACACUAACUACUGGCAGUCUCGUUACAGCAUGGUCUACGCCCAACACCUGCGUGAGGCCGGAAACAGAUUCAUGAGUGAGACCCUCGAUUAUUGCCCCAACGAGGGUGGAGUGGGGAGAGAGCCUGCGAAAGAUGGAGGCGGGAUAUACAUAUCAAUCCAUCUAAGGAGACAGGACUAUCUGUAUGCUCACAAGGAUGUGGUACCUUCACUGGAAGGAGCAGCGAGUCAACUCAACAGGCUCAAGAAAGAGUUGGGGCUGGAGACCGUGUUCCUAGCUUCCGACUGCUCCGUAGACGAGAAGCAACAGCUCCAGGGAAUGGUAAAAGGUCUGGUAUGGUACACGCCCAGCGACGAGGAACAACGUAACUAUGGUGAUGGGGGUGUGGCCAUCAUCGACCAAUGGAUUGCUGCCCAUGCACAACAUUUUCUCGGGACAGCCCAUUCAACUUUCUCCUUCCGAAUCCAAGAAGACAGACAGUUUCUGGGAUUCUCACGAGAAUCGACUUACAAUGUCGUUUGCGGCCCCUCCGAUAACGAGCACGACCCCCACAGCUGCAAAAAGCCCUCCUACUGGAAAUGGGAGGGCGGGCCCCCGACCCCGCUGAAUUCUGGAGGUGCAACCCCCGCCGAUAAGAAUUCGGACCACGAAGAACUAUAG